UUUCGAUAUUCCCUAUCAUCAAGAAAUGGAAAUUGGUUUGAGUGUUAAUAUGAGAGAUUUUACAUUCGUAACAAAGCAGAAAAAUGACCCAAUUCUUACACAUAAGCAGUUAAAUCAAGUUCUAGCCGAGUUUGCGGUUGUAGAAUCGCUUCAAAGCUUGAGUGAUAUUUUAAGCAUCUCUCCCGAAUACAUUUUAAAAGUGAAAGCAAAGAUCAUCAAAGAUGACUUGGUGACCGCUUGUAUUGAAAGCUUAUCACGCAAAUUAUCGAUUUCCCUAAUCUUUAAAGUUCAAAUGCUACUGCAACAGAUAGCAACAGCAUCCGAUGAAGCUAACGUUCCAAGCAUGGAUAUGCACACGGAGCCAAGUCAGCGAGUAACCCACUUUAUACAAGCAUACAAAAUAGGGAAUGAGUUAAUUUGUAUUGUAACGCUUGUUUUUAAUGAUGCAAAGGAUUUAGAGAAAUUUAAGAAAAAAAAGAAAUUUAUAACCCUGAGCAACGAGAGAGAAAUAAUAAAAGCUGAAAAGGCGCUUAAAGAUGUUUCAAAAUUAAUACGCAAAAAAGAAAAGAAAAACAAACUUAAAGUUACCAAAGUGUUCAGCGGUUUUAGCCUCCCAUUCCCUACUGCAAGUUUUGGAGAUAUACUAAACAUAAUGCAAGAAUACACCAUUUUAUUUUCUGAAUUCUUACACAAACAAAACCCGGAAAAUAAUGUAGAAUAUUGCAAUACAAAAUUGAUCCCCGAAAAAGAAAGUCAACAAGAGGCGGACACUGCUGUAGAAGAAAGCGAACACACCACAACGCUUGCCACCAAUGCUUUAAACGUCCCUAAAGCUAUUGUUGAUCCACAGCUUUACAUUGUGCGGGCCUGCUUACAGCCUGUUCAAGCAGACGGAACAGAUACUAAAGUUUACUCAGCCGACUCUAUCUCAAAAAUGGAACACCUCUUUAGCAGCGAGACAUACUAUUUAACAUCUGCUCACAAAUUAGAGGAGUAUUUAGAAAAUAAAGAAUUUUCGCAUGAAAGGAGACUGCAGAUUGAAGGAAAAGAGCUACUUGAUAAAAUCAGAAAGGAUUCGGAUACAACUGAAGAAAUCAUAAAGCAACUUGACUUCAUCAAUUAUCUAGAGCGGUCAGACAAUAUUCUGUUAUGUACCAACCCUUUGGAAAAAGUGACAGCAUUUCUAGAAGACCUGACUACUACCAUACCAGGAGGCAAGCAUUUAGAUCUUAUUUUAAUGGGCAAAACAGGCCAUGGUAAAAGUGCUACUGGAAAUUGCAUCUUAAACGAAAAGCGAUUCCCAACAUCAACAGAUACUACCUCACAAACAGUCGAUAUUCAGGUGGAGAAAGCUGAAAUCGAUGGAAGAUUGAUAAGAAUUGUAGAUACUCCCGGCAUAUGGGACACAAACAUAAAUUAUAAAAAACUUUUAGCCCACAAAGAGUCACACGAGGUAGAUAACGAAAUAAAUGAUGAAGCCUUGGAACUUGUUGCAAAAACGUUUGCCGAAGCUGUCGCUAAGUUCCAAAAGGGGUUCCAUGCAUUUUUACUGAUAUAUAGAUUUAAUGAAAAAAUGACGAAGGAAAAUAUUCAAGCAAUUCAGUUUCUGAAAGAAGUUUUGGGGAAAGACGUUAUAAAAUAUUACGGAAUUUGUAUUAUUACGUUUGGGGAUAAUUUCAAAACUUCCGAAGAUGCUGUUAAGGGCAGUUUCGAUGAUUGGUUGAAAAGGCAGACAAAGUAUGCAAAACAACUUUUUGAGGAAUGCAAUUAUAGAUGCGUUCUGUUUGAUAAUUCUACAAAAGAUGAAAAAAUUAAAAAACUUCAAGUCAUUAAAUUGGUCUCUUUAAUCGACGAAUUGAGCAAAGGAGGGGAACGUACGUAUGACAAAAAAAUAUUUCAAGAAGCUCAAGAGAAACGAAUGGCAAUUAUUAAAAAUAAGAUUAUUCCCAAAGUUGAUAAACAAAAGAUAAAGAAAAUAAGGAAAGAUUUAGAAAAAUACAAACCAGGUAAUACAAAACAUCAGGGGGAAGUACAACGACUGAUAAAUGAAGCAUCAUCAUUAAUUGAGACUGAUUUUAAACCAAAUGAUCCUAGAAUAGAACCACUUAUAUUCUCAUCUCUAACUUUAUUUGAGGAUAUAGAACUACACAGUAGAAAUGGAGACAAUUCAGGAGAAGAUAAGCCAGUUAUAACUCAAGAUAAAGACGAGCUGGAGAAGGAAGUGGCUGGGGAAAUACAAAAAACAAUACGUCGAAAAUGUUUUCCCGGUGAGGUCUUUGUUCUAACUGAGAACAUGGAACACAAACCUAUGAACAAAUUGAAAGUGGGUGAGAGAGUCCUCACGAUGAACUUAUCCGGACUUUUAACAUACGAGAAGGUGUUUAUGUUUGGACAUAGAGAUCCGCUGUGCAAGAGUGAGUUCAUCACCUUGAAAACUGAGGCUCACGUCAUAUCCGUGUCUCCUGAUCACUUCGUUUACUGUCGGGUUAUAGACGAAGAGUUAUUCCUACCUGCGAGGGAGAUACAGUUGGGGUAUUCUCUGUUGACGGUUACGGACAACGGCGUAGUAGCCUCCCUUGUAACUGAAAUUCUCGUGGAGAAAAAAGAAGGAUUGUUCGCUCCUUUUACCACGAGCGGCACCAUCGUCGUCAACGGUCUGGUCAUGUCGUGCUACGUGGACGUCUUCCGGCAUAACGUCUGUCAUAACUUGCUGGCUCCGGUUCGGCUUUUGUAUCGUGUGUCACCUCGUGCCCUGGCAUUCGUCAACGGGUCAUCUGCUGACUGCCUCGUUCCACCAUGGGUUCUGUUGGCGUUGAAAUUCUUAGAAUGAAACCGCUCCGAUUCGUAAACAGGAUAGAAAUUCUUAGAAUAAAACCGCUCCAGUUCGUAAACAGGAUAGAAAUUCUUAGAAUAAAACCGCUCCAGUUCGUAAACAGGAUAUUUUCCGAAUCGUGUUGAGCCAUUAAAGAAUAAACCGCGAAUGACUGAAAAAUGAAUAACAAGAACGAUAAAAUCUACGCAAAAUGAAUGCUGCAAAGGAAGCGAUAAUUUUUCAAUUUCUUACACGUAUUCGUAGAUGUGUUUGUUUACUGUACUAUUUAAACUGUUACGUCUACAAUAAAAAUCAAACUGAUUAAUGCAAUAAGGUUUUUGAAAUACUAAUGGGCACAAAAUGAUUAAAUGUGCGCGAUCAUACAACUAUUAUGAUUUGUAUUCCUUUUUUAAUGUAUUUCGGACAUAAACAUUUACAUUUACAUGCAUUAUGUAUAUUUUAAUUUACAAUAAAUGCUAAGAUUAGAUGAGUUUAUUAAAAGAUUUCGCAACAACUGAAAACAUGUAGGCCUAUUUAUGCAACUAUUUUAAAUAGUACACCUACACUCAAGGUGUGGACUGGCGCUGCCUAACCACCCCGGGAAAUUUAAAA